AUGCCUGCUUUUCCGCUCAUGGGUCCGCGCGACAGCGCGCUGAAAGUUGUCCCGGAGGCGGUGUUGGGGACCGCCGCCAAGGGCGCUGUCGAUACAUUGCCCUGUGCCGCCUUUACGCCGCACGACGCCGAUCCCGCGGCGUAUCUCAGCGCCCGCGAGGACUGCUGGAACAAGGCCUGCAAGAACUGGCCGAGCGUUAUCGCGAUGCCCACCUCGGUGGCCGAGGUGCAGGCCCUCGUCAAGACCGCCGCCAUCGGGAAGAAGAACAUCGCCGUUCUGAGCGGAGGCCACUCGCCCAUGUGCAUGCCCGACGGCGCGUUCCUCAUCCACCUGCGGAAGAUGAACCACGUGUUCGUCGACCCGGCGGCCAUGACAGUCACAGCCGGGGGCGGCGCAAAGAUCGGCGAGGUGGACGCGGCACUACAGCCGCACAACUUCGCGGUGCCGCUCGGCACGCACCCCGACACCGGCAUCGGUGGGCUCACCCUCGGCGGCGGGAUCGGCUGGCUCACGCCGCGUGUCGGCCUCGCCGUGGACAACCUCGUCUUCUCGGUCGGUGGCGCCGACGGCUUCGAGCCUGGGAUGGUGCUGGGCGGCAUCGUGCCCUUCCCGCCCGACGCGUUCGACCCCGCCACUGUCAUCGAGAAGUGGGGCGCCGACUGCCUCUCGACCGACGCCGACAACGUCCAGAUGCUCCUCCUCGCGCUCGGGGGGCCGUGCAUCUCUGUCUUCACGCACC